CAAUGUCUCCUUAUUAUCCAACAUAUUCGCUUAUCCAACAUUCUACCAGCCCGUUUAUGUUGGAUAAGUGAGACUCUACUGUACUGUAUUUACAAAUUUACCACUAAAAUAUCACAGUGAAUUUAAAACACCGACUACAAAAACAUUGAUUAUGAAAAGGCAGACUGCGUUGGAUAAUCCAGAACAUUGUAUAAGCAAAUGUUGGAUAAGUGAGAUUCUACUUUGAUAUGAAAUAAUUUCUGGGAUAGAAUAAUGCAGAACAAUAUAAUCUCUAAAACCAGGACAGUAAAUAAAGAAAUAAAGAAAGUAAAUAAAGCAGUGAAAUUGGAAAUUCCACAAAGGAAACAAUCAGGGCCAGCUAACACCUCCCAAGAAAGGAUUCUUCCAGAAAGGAAGCUGAGAAGGCAGUGAAGCACUGUGUAUUACCAAAGUCAUUAUUAUUAUUAUCAUCAUCAUCAUCAUCAUCAUUAUUAUUAUUAUUAUUGUGUUGCGGUCAACCGUGAAAAUGAAUACAAUCUGGCUCCAAAUAUUCAAACACACUAAAAUCAGAAUAUAUAAAAAUUAAUGUGGUAUAAUAAAACAGAACAAUACAAUCUCUAAAAUCAGAACACUAAAUAGAGAACAACACUCUGAAAACAGGGGAAUUCCACACAGGAAACAAUCAGGGCCAGCUAACACCUCCCAAUAAAGUAUUCCCAUCAUCAAAGACUGGCAAAUCCUGUUUUCUUAGAGCCACAGACAUUAGAAGCGCAUAAAAUAUCGCAAACAACACCACUCUGAAAACAAGGGAAUUCCAGACAGGAAACAAUCAGGGCCAGCUAACACCUCCCAACAAAAAAAUCACUCAGAGGAAACAGCCAGGCUUUAAAGCUGCAAGGCCAUUACAUCCUAAUCAUUUUUCCUAAUUGCAGCAUUCAUACUUGCCUCCAAGAGACAAAAAAAACAAAAAAACAAUCAGAAAUAUUGUAUAUUCACAACUUUUAGGAAAUAAUAUCCCCUGAUGGCGCAGCGUGUUAAAGCGCUGAGCUGCUGAACCUCUGGACCGAAAGGCCGUAGGUUUGAAUUGGGGGAGCAGAGAGAGCCCCCAUUGUUAGCCCCAGCUUCUGCCAACCCAGAAGUUCAAAAACAUGCAAAUGUGAGUGCAUCAAUAGGCACUGCUCCGGUGGGAAGGUAACGCCGCUCCAUGCAGUCAUCCCACAUGACCUUGGAGGAGUCUACGGAGAACGCCGGCUCUUCGGCUUAGAAAUGGAGAUGAGCACCAACCCCCAGAAUCAGACAUGACUGGACUUAACGUCAGGGGAAAAUGUUUACCCUUUACCUUAACUACCACCAAUUCCUCAAUACUUUAUUUCCCAUACCACCAUAUUUCGCCACAGCAACGCGUGGCCGGGCACAGCUAGUUUUGUAUAAUGUAUUAUGUGAGAAAACUGGUUUUAUUUUCUUAGGAAUAAAUAGUAAUGUAUAUUAGGGAGCACUGGUUACCUGUCUUUUCUCAAACAUAAGCAAAAAAGCCUGAUGUAUAUGCAACAAGAGGCAGCUAUUAGAUGAUUAAGAUUGCAUAUGAAAGCACAUGGGAAGAAAGUCAGUGUGAAUAUGCUAGUGAUCCUUUGGUAAAUAAUUAUGUGGAGGAGAGUCUGUAGAAUUAGUGUGGUCUGGUUGAGGUGAAGGGAUUAAACAACUUCAUUUCUUAAGUGUGCUUAAUGAGCUAAUUGAGACCAACAUUGAGACCAAAAAAAUUAAAACUGACAGAAGGCAAUGUACAUGGUUUUCAUGAACCAGUUAUUUUGUUCAAUGAAAUUUGCUAAAGGCAGCCUCUGUAUUGCUGCUGUGAGCAAUUAAAGAUAGAUUGAAUAUACCUCCUAAUAUUAAAUAUGAGAUGUCAUGUGACUAUAUGUUUAUAUUUUUCUGCUUCUUUAUGGUUGCAGAUAUGUAUCUAAGGCACUUCAGGCUCAUAUAACUGUUGAUACACACUUAUUUUGGGAACUGUGGGCAGUGAAAUUUGUAUAAAUGACCGUAGUCUAUCUGGUAAUACUUGAGAUGUGAGCCAGCAUCUUGUUAGUGACACAUGCAAGCGUAAGUUUACCUUAUAUGUAGGUCUUUCUUUGGUUGUUGUAGAUAUUAGCUUUUUCUUGUAUCCUCUCAAAGUCUUCCAUCAGAGGACUUGUAGUUUGCUCCCUGAAAGUCAUUCUGUGGCUUGUGGAAAGUGUGGGGGAUUAGAAAAAGAUGGUUAUGUCCCAUAGCCAGAAGCAGAUGGAGGACAGAAAGCACCAUGACUCCAGUGUAUCUUGGAGGAAAUAUGUGCUAUGAUGAGUGUGCAAGAUGUGAGAUAGGGAUUAAUUAACAAAAGCACUUAAGAGCCGAGAGGGAACACAUGACAAUUUUCUGAGUGUGAUCCUUUUGAGACUAAAGACCUUAUUCAAUUCCUCCCAAAGGCCUAUGCCUGCAGCACCUACCAAGAUAAAUCCCAUAGUAAGAUUUGGAUGGGUAUUCCACUCUAUUGCUAAGAAAGACUAGUUUGUAGUCUGAGUAAGUUUGGAGAUAAUCAGGAAUAAAGAGUUUAAGGAAAGGAAUGCAAACUAGUGGGAAGGGCUAACAAAGGGAGAUAAAGACAGAAAAAAACCUUAUAAAUUAAUCAGAAUAAUUUAAAACCAUUAAAAUAUGUGUGUUGCAGGUUCAGUAAGACUGUACGAUCACAAAAGCAAACUCCCCAAAAGCCCAUUAAAAGGGUUGAUAAACCAUCAUAUCAGAAAUAGUCCAAAAUCAAAAUUUAUCCAUAUUGGUGGAUGAGAUCGUGACAUCUUUGCUUUCUGAUGGUUCAGUGUACAUAUCUUUGUUUCAUGCACAGAAUUUAUAUGUCUUUUGGCAGCCAAUGGUAAUCACAGAACUCUUCUGCAACACCACUUCUUAAAUGAGUUGAUUUUCUUCCUGUCAGUGUUGCACUAAUUUCUAAUUGCCAAUUAAUCGGGGAAUAGAAAUCAGUUUCAACAUUUCUCACAGUUGUCCCCUCCCCUGGAAGGGCCACCUAGUGAAGUUACUUGUACACUAUGGGAAAUAAGAUUUUAAUUUUUUACAGAGUGGCUAAUCCACACUAAAAUAAAAGGGAUGUUACUACUGAUAUAGUCUCUUCACUUGAUUUCAAUGUGAAUUGUAUUGUUACUUUUUACUGGAUUGGAUCUAAUAUGUCUCACCUCAUUUACAAGUGCAGGAGUGAUUUUUAGGUUUAAAUUAUAAUUUGUGUCUGAUACAAAAGUUUAGGGAAAGAAAAAAUAAGUCUCAUUAGGGAAACUUGAUUUUUAGGGAUUUGGAUUAUUUACACAACAGUCCUCCUUGAAGAAGUCUAAAAAUAAAUUAGCUGACAGAAGUGUGGCUUUGUAGUAUCAAGUAACAGUCCAUAGACAAAAUUUAAUUGAAAUAAUCACUGAGAUAUAUACUGCGUAUAUGAUACACCAGCUGCCCAUUGACUGGUUAAAUUGGCCAUAAGUUUGACAUCUGAAUUAAUAUCAGAAAAAGUAAAAGAUAUUGAAUAUACUACUUUCACAAGAGGUCUUCCACAGUGUUAAAUCUUGUCCUUAACACUUAAUGGUUUCUUGGCAUCCUCUCAUAUUAUUUCAUCAUGUCCAAGAGGUCAAGGGGAGAUAAGUCCAGCACAGACCUGAUAUGGCAAAAUCAAUCCAUCCUGAAAAGCUGGUUCAAAUUGAAAUAAUCAAAGUCAAUCAGUGAAAGUGGCUAUUAAAGUAACUUUACAAAUCCAUUCUGUCAGAUAUCUUCAUUACACCAGCUCCAGGUAAAACAGGACUUCUCCGUUCUGCCAUUUGUCAACUGAAGGUCUACUUCUGCACACAAGCUUUAUUCAAGCAGCAUAAAUUUACCCUUGUUCUCCAACAAGCCCCCAAGGGAGACUUACAAUAAAUUGAAAUUACAGAGUAACAAAAUAAUUAAAACAAUGAUAGUGAGGCACAACAAUAUCAUAGAAUAUUCACCAACAGUUUUCAGAUUAGGAACAAGCAUCAAGUGUAAUUUCAAUGUAUAGAAGGUGAACAAGCCUGAGACUAGAAUCUUUGUCUGAUGCCCAAAAUAAUACCAAGAUGGUGCCAGCUGAGCUUUCCUGAAAUGCAUUUUAACAGGCUGAUGCCAUAUACCCAAUCUCAGGACAAAUAAAAAUGCCCUAAGAUGUUCGUGAAUGGCCAUUCAAAUGAUGAUGUACCAAUUUGUGAGUACAAAGUGACCAGCAUGAAUGAGGUAGAAAAUAAACUGGAUGCUAAUAUAGUUGAUCAAGCACAUGUAUUUUGUAGUUUUUUAAAUAUUUUCAAUGGCAGCUCCACUUACAACAUAUUGGAUGCCUGUAAUCUGUUUUUGAAAGUAAUGCUAGUGAUGGGGUCAAGGAUGAAGAAGAGAGUGGGUUUCUUCUAUAAAGAGGUUAGCAACCAACUACAGCAAUUAUAUAAUUGGUGUAUAUUUUUUUCUUCAGAUGCCUGUAACUUCUUGUUAGAUACAAGAUAAUCAGGGCAGGACAUAGGGUGCAUAUUUCUCUGGGCAAGAAUAGCUUUUAGAGUAUUCCCCCCCCACACACACACACAAUUUUCAAGGUUUUAACAUUUAUUUUGCAGUGGGUAUCUAAAUAUGUGAACAUGAAGUUAGUAUUUAAACAGGAAAGUAUCUGGCAGGAAAGAAGACUAAAGAUACUUAACUGGUUCUAUCCUUGACCAUCUUCUCUGUAAUGCUGGCCCUGAAAUCAUAGGAUGCAUCUGUAUUGUAGAAUUAAUGCAGUUUGACACCACUUUAACUGCCAUUCCUCAAAGCUAUGCAAUCCUGGUUUGGUGAGGCACCAGCAGUUUUUGGUAGAGAAGACCAAAUAUCUUGUAAAACUAUACCUCCCAUGAUUACAUAGCAUUGAUCCAUGACAGUUCAAGUAGUUUCAAACAGCAUUAAUUCUAGAUGCACCCAUAGUGCUGUUUGCUUUAAAUCUUUUACUAAGACAUAUCUGUACUAACACUAUGCAGCUUGGAAUCAGUUUGGGAGGAACCAGUUGUGUUGAUCGGGUGAUUAGAUUGACAGGGCUGGAACAUUAACCAUAGACCCUGGCCUCAAAUCAUUAUGCAGGGUUUCCCCUCAUUUCUGGAAGAUAUAUGUGCCUGUAUUCCAGAGGCAUAGUAUGCAAAAAAAGGGAAAGUGACAGGUUAGAGUGGUAGCAAUCAUUUACCCCUCUUAGGGGGCCAAUUAACCCCCUCCUGUCCAGCCAUGCCCUUGGGGUUCUAGAGUCUUUAAUGCAUUUCAGCAGGGGCAGUUGUCUACAAUGUGGUUUGCAUUUUGCAGAACCAAUUUUGCCCUCCAUCUAGAAUACACUGGCUUCUGUUACAAUGCAAUAUUAGGCUGAAUUCAGAAUUUCCCGUGACCUUUAUAAAAUGUACUGUAUACCUUUAAAUGUGCGCUGCAAUAAGUAUUAGUGGCAUGCAUUUUGUGGCCGGUAUGGUUUUGAAUCAUCUUGAAGUUGUGUUAUAGUGACAGUGUAGAUGAGGCCUUUGGUAUUCUUGUGUUGUAUAAUCAGCAUGCCAUUCCAGUUGCAGUGGCUUGUGCUCUGAAUUACACUAGAGUCUCACUUAUCCAAGCUUCACUUAUCCAAGCUUCUGGAUUAUCCAAGCCAUUUUUGUAGCCAAUGUUUUCAAUAUAUCGUGAUAUUUUGGUGCUAAAUUCUAAAUACAGUAAUUACAACAUAACAUUACUACAUAUUGAACUACUUUUUCUGUCAAAUUUGUUGUAUAACAUGAUGUUUUGGUGCUUAAUUUGUAAAAUCAUAACCUAAUUUGAUGUUUAAUAGGCUUUUUCUUAAUCUCUCCUUAUUAUCCAAGAUAUUCGCUUAUCCAAGCUUCUGCUGGCCCAUUUAGCUUGGAUAAGCGAGACUCUACUGUAUAUGGAAUCCCUGUACUGAUCUCUGAUUGUAGUCCAAAGAGGCAUCCAGCACUGACACAGAAGGAAGAAGGAUGCUCACCCACCAUGUGGAAACUCACAAGCCAUUUCUGACCUAUGACAACCUUUUUCACAGGGCAAGAUUUGUUCAGAAGUGGUUUUCCAUUGAUUUCAUCUGAGGUUGGGAGAGUGUGACUUGCCCAAGGCCAUCCAGUGGGUUUCAUGGCUAAGUGGAGAGUUGAACCCUGGUUUCCAGAGUUGCCAUCCAAGGCUCAAACCACGAUACCAUGUUGGCACUUCAUUUUCUGCUUUAUGUAACUUUAAGACAAAAUGAACACCUUCAGUUUUAAAAUAAUAUAAAUCCUAGCAAUGAAGUUAGAGGUAGAACCGAAACAAUGAACUCUUUAUUAUUAUUGUCAAAUUUGUCUGUAGUAUUUUAAAGGAAAUGUUUGUUCAGAGGUCUAAAGAAAAAGGAAAAGUACACAUGUGUGUAGCUUAAGCGAUUGAGUAGGUGCAAAACUACUCACUUCCUGGUGCUACUGCUGUGUUUCCUCUUUGUAGCAGAAUGAUAUUGACAGACUUACCCAAAAGGUUAAGAGACCUUCACUUUCCCAUCAGUUUUUCCUAACAUUCAUGAAACACGCCUCUGUAUUCCCCUUUAAAAAUACAUAUUAAUUACAGACACAAUAACAAAAAAAGGUCAAUCAUGCCAGAGUAUAAAUGUGGUCUCUGACUUGUAGCCCCAUCAGCACUGCUUUGCUUAUUUCACAUAAAGAAACAAAACAACAGCAACAGAAAAAGUUAAAUUCAUAGGGUGUGCAAUUAAAUGUAUUUCAUUACUAUGAAAUGAGCAGGAUGGAAAUGUUUUUAAGUAUCUGCUGGAUUGUGGCCAUUGCAUAUCAUAACAGCAGCAGUUCUAGUAAAGCCAUGGCUUCUGGCAAAGGAUCGAAGUGGUUCCUAAGUCAAAAAGCAGCAAUGUAGGGAGCUGGUCUCUCCUGCUGAGCCUUACAGCUCUGCAAAAAAAGUCCAGGAGGUGACACAAGUCUAUGGGAAACAGAUUGGCUAGGAGCCGCGGUUAAAAGCGGAGUGUUGCUGGCCCAAGUCGAGGAAGCAGAGGUGGCCUUUCUGUGCUCUGUGUGUGGGUCUGUGUACUCCUUUCCCGUCAAAGCCGGGCCAGCCGGGCCAAAAAGAGUUUUUAUUUUAAAAAAGCUAGUGGUUCCUUGGCAAGGCUUAAUGGCAGGAUGAUGUAGUCUGUUGUGACUAGUGCAUUCCUUUCAGGUUAAACUAGGGAAAUGGCAUUGUGUAAAAUUCCAAGUCGCAUGAAUGUUUUAUUGCCACAGGAGCAUUGAGGUCUCGAGGGGAGUGUGUCUCUGUGUGUGUGUGUGUGUGUGUGUUCAGAGCUGGGGAGCGGUGGGGGGAAAGAGAGGCAGGGAGUGUGACUUAGAGACGGGGGAACUAUCAGAUGAACACUUCCCUUGGAAAAUGUUAUCCAGUGGUGUGUGAAGCUGACUGGUUGCGAUAGUCACUUAGAAGGGUUUCGCUUUUCCCCCCGGCUGUGGCUGUUUAAAAUCUCUCUGUCCAGACAAUUAACAGCUGAAGAAAAUAUGACAAGACACACGCAGUGAGGUUGGGAGAUAGAGAGAAGGAAUGCGCCAGAAGAGAGCUGAAUUGCCUUCUUGUAUAUAAACUGGCAGAUCUCUUUUCCUCCUCACCCUCCCUGCUUGCUAUGACCCACUCCCAGAGCUGUGUUCCCCCCCCCUUCGUUCCCCCCCCCCUCUGCUGAAGGCCAGGACCGAUCUGUUAACUGUACACCACUGACUGGGAGGCCAAAGCUGCUCAUGGCCAUUCGCUGUACAUUGGUAAAUUGCACAUGUGAAUGUUUCCAACCAGGGAAGAUAAACCUGAGAACCUGCGAUCAGUGUAAACAUGGCUGGGUGGCACAUGCUUUGGACAAACUUAGCACUCAGCAUCUCUACCAUCCAACACAAGUGGAGAUUGUACAAUCCAAUGUUGUGUUUGACAUCAGCAGCUUGAUGCUCUAUGGUACCCAGGCUGUACCGGUGAGACUGAAGAUAUUGCUAGAUCGUCUCUUCAGUGUGUUGAAACAGGAAGAAGUACUGCACAUCCUGCAUGGUUUGGGCUGGACGCUUCGGGACUAUGUACGGGGCUACAUCCUUCAGGAUGCUGCAGGCAAAGUGCUGGACCGCUGGGCCAUCAUGUCCAGGGAAGAAGAGAUUAUUACCCUUCAGCAGUUUCUGAGGUUCGGAGAAACUAAAUCCAUUGUGGAGCUGAUGGCAAUUCAAGAAAAAGAAGGGCAGGCAGUGGCUGUACCAUCUUCAAAGGCAGACUCAGAUAUAAGGACUUUUAUUGAAAGCAAUAAUCGAACCAGGAGCCCAAGUCUCCUUUCUCACCUGGAGAACAGCAACCCUUCCAGCAUUCAUCAUUUUGAAAACAUCCCCAACAGUUUAGCAUUCCUGCUUCCAUUUCAGUACAUAAAUCCAGUCUCUGCUCCUCUGCUGGGUUUGCCUCCAAAUGGUCUCCUCCUUGAACAGCCAUCGCUGAGAUUGCGUGAACCAAGCCUUUCAGGCCAGAAUGAAUAUAAUGAAAGCAGUGAAUCUGAAGUUUCUCCAGCACCUUUCAAGAAUGAGCAGACAUCCAGUAGAAAUGCCUUGACCAGCAUCACAAAUGUAGAACCCAAAUCUGAGCCAUCUUCUGUGUCCCCAGUCCAGACAUCCACACCUGUCAACGAUCUAUCCAAACCCGAACAUACAAAAAGCUCCUUUCGAAUACACAGAAUGAGGAGAAUGGGAUCAGCAUCCCGAAAAGGGAGAGUGUUUUGCAAUGCGUGUGGCAAAACCUUUUAUGACAAGGGAACCCUCAAAAUUCACUACAAUGCAGUCCAUCUUAAGAUUAAACAUAGGUGCACAAUUGAAGGUUGUAAUAUGGUAUUCAGCUCACUCAGAAGUCGCAACCGCCACAGUGCGAACCCCAAUCCCCGCCUUCAUAUGCCCAUGCUAAGGAACAAUCGAGACAAGGAUCUGAUCCGUGCUACAUCAGGUGCUGCUACCCCUGUCAUAGCAAGUACAAAGUCCAAUUUAACAUUAACAAGUCCUGGACGGCCUCCAAUGGGUUUUACCACUCCCCCACUAGAUCCUGUGUUACAAAAUCCUCUACCUAGCCAACUUGUGUUUCCAGCUUUAAAGACUGUACAACCUGUUCCUCCUUUCUACAGAAAUCUUCUUACCCCUGGAGAGAUGGUGAGUCCUCCAACCUCAUUACCUACUAGUCCUUUAAUGCCAGCAGCUGGUACAAUUGAGCAGCCUCCAAUUCCUCCAUCAGAAUCAACAUUAUCUGCAUUAGGGAUGCCUGGCCAAGAGGCAAAUGCUGAACUUGCCCCAAAGAAAAAGCCAAGGAAGUCGAGUAUGCCUGUGAAAAUAGAGAAAGAGGUUAUUGACACUGCUGAUGAGUUUGAUGAUGAAGAGGAUGAGGUGAAUGAUAACAGAAGUGUGGCUAAUGAUGGUGGGCAUGACAAUCACUGCCAUUCUCAGGAAGAGAUGAGCCCUGGGUUGUCUGUGAAAGAUUUUUCAAAAAAUGGAAGAAACAGGUACAUCUCAAGAACAGAAAUAAGAAGAGCAGAUAGUAUGACAUCAGAAGACCAAGAGCAUGAGAGAGACUAUGAAAAUGAGUCCGAAUCCUCAGAACCAAAACUAUGUGAGGAAUCCAUGGAAGGAGAUGAACAUAUGAUGCAUGAAAGAAAUAACAAGCCCAUGAUGAACCACGACAGAGCAGAUGAAAACCACCAUGAUACUUCCCAUCACGAUGACAUUAAAGUGAAGGAAGAAUUUACAGACCCUACGUAUGAGAUGUUUUACAUGAGCCAAUAUGGACUUUACAAUGGAGGCAGUGCCAGCAUGGCUGCUCUUCAUGAAAGCUUUACUUCCACUUUCAACUAUAACAGCCCCCAGAAAUUCUCCCCUGAGGGUGAUUUGUGCUCCAGCCCAGAUCCCAAGAUCUGCUAUGUGUGUAAAAAGAGUUUCAAGAGUUCUUACAGCGUGAAGCUCCACUACAGGAAUGUUCAUUUAAAAGAGAUGCAUGUCUGCACAGUGGCUGGCUGCAAUGCUGCUUUUCCCUCACGAAGAAGCAGAGACAGACAUAGUGCUAACAUAAACCUGCACCGUAAACUGUUGACCAAAGAACUGGAUGACAUGGGACUCGAUACUUCUCAGCCCUCACUUAGCAAGGACCUCCGGGAUGAAUUUUUGAUGAAGAUAUAUGGGGCCCCACAUCAAAUGGGGUUUGAUAUAAGGGAAGAUACAUCCUCCCCAGCAGGUACUGAGGACUCCCACCUGAAUGGGUAUGGAAGGGGCAUGUCAGAAGAAUAUAUGGUGCUAGAUCUGAGCACCACCUCCAGCAUCCAGUCUAGCAGUAGCAUCCAUUCCUCCAGAGAGUCUGAUGCAGGGAGCGACGAGGGGAUUCUCCUCGAUGAUGUUGAUGGGGCAAGUGACAGUGGAGAAUCGUCCCACAAAGCUGAUGCUCCAGCUUUAGGGGUUGGCAUGGGUUCUGAAGUUCCAGGAUCUCUCAUGUUUAGCAGCGUUUCCAUGAACAACGGGGGGAUCAUGUGUAACAUUUGCCACAAAAUGUACAGCAACAAGGGAACUCUCAGGGUGCAUUACAAGACUGUGCACUUGCGAGAAAUGCACAAGUGCAAAAUCCCUGGAUGCAACAUGAUGUUUUCCUCUGUUCGUAGCCGGAACCGGCACAGUCAGAACCCUAACCUGCAUAAAAACAUUCCAUUUACUUCACUAGAUUAGUUCAAAGAUGGACCCGGUAAAUGCCAGCUCUCAAGGAGAGCCUGGUUUCUUUGAACAGCCAUUUACAGACUCUUCUAUAAAUAUAUAUAAAUAUGAAUAUAAAUAUAUAUCUUUUUUUCUUUUUUAAGAAAACAGAAAAACACCAGGUGCUUCCCCUGCUUUUUUUCCUCCCUAAGUUUCGUUUUGUUAAGAUUAUUCAUUUUGUGAGGGUUGGGGUAGUACCUUUAACUUGGGAUGAAGUUUCCACUGCUCUAAACAAGACAAAAACAAACAAAAAAUGAAAAAACCCUUGUAUUUUAAAGCCCACUUUUGUUACAAUAUUUGUGGUCAUCUCCAAAGAGACUGUGUCUUCUGCCUAUGACUGUUGCCUGCAACCUUAGAAAAAGAAAAGGGGGCAAAUGGGACAACCCUGAAGAAACAAAGCACUGCAGAGAGAGAAAGAGAAAAAGGAUAAAAGAACAACUUCUGUUGUCUUUUGUGUAUUUUAAACAAUUCAGAGGACCGUCAACUCCGCAUGGCUGUUACACUUGUAUAUAUUGAGCCUUGAAGGGCCCGUGAUGUAAAACAAUUGUAUUGAUGGUGAUUUAACUUUUUUGUUUUGGGAUUUUUUUAAAAAAAACAUUUACAUUUACAUCCAGUGGUUAGAUAUGCGGGGGUGGGGGGUAGUUUGCUGGCUCGCUCUAUUCAUUUAUAUUAGCUUCAGUGCACAUUUUUUUUUAAAAGGAAAAAACACAAGGUCUUGUUUUUUAACUACCUGCUAGAGAGGCGUAAUAAGGAGGUGCUGGCAUGCUUUAGAGCACCGGAUUGGAUACAGGUUUUUUGUGUUUGUUUUUUAUUUUAUUUUGGGUUUUGUUUUUGUUUUGGUCUUGUUACUAUUACAUAAAUCCAGUCAUGCACUUUUUUCUUACACAAUGUGGGGAUGUGUAAUAAUAUCCAUACCCUUUUUUCCCUUAAAAGUAUUGCCAUACUUCAGUGUCUUAUUAAAAGAGAGCGAGCGAGAGAGAGAAAAAAAUACAAGUGAUUUGGUCAGUAUGGGGCAAGAAUGCCGAACAAAAAGUGUUAAGUGUUAACACAGAGCUGCCAACUUUGCACAAGUUUUCAGUAACCAAAAUAGAAUCAGAUGCUGUUAACUACAGGCCAAGAUUUUGGCAGUCAGUAGAAGAAGAAAACAAUCCUAGGAAACUGGGAGGAAGGAAAGAAUAGACAGAAAUGUUCUUCUCAGGUUCAAAAUAUUAUCUACGCUCACAAAAGAAGACCACAGUUCUUUUGUAAAAGGAAAUGAAAGCUACAUGGUGAGAUGGUGGAGACAUGUCUUCACAUAAGCAAAGAUAGGCUUUCAGGAAAUAAGUAUUUUGGGCUGCAUUCCUAUGCAUUCCUUUCAGGAAGUAAGUCCCGUAGAAUUUAAAGGAAUUUGCUUCUGAGGAGAUAUACAUAGGAUUGCACUGGAAGAUGGUUGCCACAAACUGAUAUCAUUGUCAUCUUGCCUUCAUAAAGUUUUCCAGUUUACCUUCAAAAAAGGCAGCAUGUGCUAUAAUUUCAUUAGAUCCAGCAUUUUUCUCAUUCCAGUCCAUUGGUUUCCACUUGUGGGGUGUUUAAAAAAACUGGAUGUGAUGGUAUCCUAUCACACAUCCCCCCUUACACCCUAUAUAUUACUAUGGAGACAUAUGUCAAAGAUACCAUGGGCAAGAUGAGAACACAGAAGUGAGGUGCUGCGUAUAAUGUUUAUAAAGAAAGCUUCAGGGCUGCAUAUCCCUUCCUGAAACAGGUUUGUGUGUCCUCUCCUGAAGACCAAGCUUCAGUUGCAUAAGGCAGCAAAACCUCUGCAAGAUUGUUCCAUGUGCACCAGGGAGUGCUAUAGAAUGCUUAAGGAAAGCUUUUACUGAAGCCACCAGAAGCCAUUAAUGGCACAGACACUUAAACUUCGGAGAAUAUGUGUUCCUUUCCCUCAAUUGGGUAAUUUGCCCUUUAGAGAAAUCAGAAGCUGGUGGCACUGGUGAUGGUGGGAGGCGGUACUCAGGACAAUUUGUUAUGGUCUUUUGUACUUUCCAGACAUGAUUUGUCAGAGAGGAAUUAAACUCAAGUGAGGAAAGAGCACAUCGGAGAGGAAACCAAUGAUUAAGGAAGGCAGGGAGAAGCUGGUCUCCAAAUCCUUUGUUUUGCUUUGUUUUGUUUCGUUUCUGGUGUUUACACAUCUUGUCUGAGCAUGGCAAACCACACUGGCAGCCUACCUUACCACAGCAUACUGACUGAAUGAUGAUAUUUACUUAAGCUUAGUCUACAGCCAAGAUCAUUAUGGUGUGUGUCAUAUAACAGAUCCUUUUUGAAAAAAAAGGGAUACACAAGGAAUAUUUCCACAUGCUGUGUAUUUCUAGCUCAAAGAGAAUGUUUUUCUUUCCUAGAACAUUUCCCUUGUAACUGCGAAACCAGAAAUGCUGGGUUGUUUUCAGCUUCCAACUUAAGUCUGUUAUGUAAUUUCAGCAACUGUUAAUUGCAUAUCAGCAAACCAGCCUGUUAAUUUUACUAGAGGAAACUAGUCCAGGUAAAUAAAUUCCCUUUCCACCAUGGCCCAAAGCUAUAGUUAGUUAUGGCGAAAACCCAUUGGAACCACUUCUCAUUCUUUUCCAUAGGACUUAGUCCUGACUAGCUGUCGCUUUAGGGACAUUGUGAGCCACAGUAAUUUUUAAAAAUGAACAAAACAGAAACACUAUUUAGUGUAUCUCCAUGUGUGUGUAAAAAAAAUUAAGUCAAAUGCCUUAUUUUAGGCCAUAUUUGUUUCUUUUCAAAUAGUAAACACAAUAUUUACAGAAUUCAUACAGAUGCUUUAAAAUGUUACCAACCAGUGUGUAUAAAAUAUGUUUAUAUCAGAAAUAUGUUUACAUCAAACCUCCACAAUUUUGCUGACUUGAUUAUUUUUCAUUGUGCUUUGUCUUUUUUUUCCCAAAGUCUUAAUUACUUUUUUAUAAAAUUGAAUGAAGAGAUGCUUUGUUUUGUUUUAUGCUGCGUAUGUACCGUAUGCUUGUGAAAGGGAACAUAGAAAAGUAAAGGUGUGUUCUUCCUAACCAUAUGAACCUUUGUAGUGUUAUCUGUACUGCACUGUCUCUUCAAACACCCCCAAGUUAUUAGGAACCAAGUGAGAAGAAAUACUGAAAAGGCAAACAAACAAAUUGCAAAAUGAUAUCUAAGGAACAAAAAAAAAAACACUGUUUUUGAAGUAUGUAUGGUAUAAAUAAAUAUCAUUUUUAAUGAAAAACA